UGGGAACGGAAGCUCCGCACACACAGGCCAGCAAAGACUAGCAACCCUGCUGAACGAAAGGAAAGAGAAUUCAUAGAGGAAAAGUGGCCAUGGACCUGAUCCCAAGCUUUUCCAUGGAAACCUGGCUUCUCCUGGCUACGGGCCUCGUGUUGCUCUAUCUACAUGGGACCUCCACACAUGGACUUUUUAAGAAGCUGGGAAUUCCUGGGCCAACACCUUGGCCUUUUGUGGGAACUGCUCUGGCCUACCGUAAGGGUUUUUCUGGUUUUGAUGAGAAAUGUUUUAGAAAGUAUGGAAGAUUUUGGGGGUUUUAUGAUGGGCGACAGCCUGUGUUGGCUAUCAUGGAUCCGGACAUGAUCAAAACGGUACUCGUGAAAGAAUGUUACUCUGUCUUCACAAACCGGCAGCCUCUUGGUCCGGUGGGAUUUAUGAAAAGUGCAAUCCCUAUAUCUGAGGAUGAAGAAUGGAAGAGAAUACGAACAUUGCUGUCUCCAGCCUUCACUAGCGGAAAGCUCAAGGAGAUGUUCUCCAUCAUUGGCCAGUACGGAGAUGUGCUGGUGAGGAACCUGAGGAAGGAGGCAGAGAAAGGCAAGCGCAUCAUCUUGAAAGACAUCUUCGGGGCCUACAGCAUGGAUGUGAUUACCAGCACAUCGUUUGGAGUGAACAUUGAUUCCCUCAACAACCCACAGGAUCCCUUUGUGGAAAAUACUAAGAAGCUCUUAAAAUUUGAUUUCCUUAAUCCAUUUCUCUUCUCAUUAUUACUGUUUCCAUUCCUUGCCCCAGUUUUUGAAAUGCUAAAUAUCUGGCUAUUUCCAAAACGUGUUACUGAUUUUUUCACAAAAUCUGUACAAAGGAUGAAGGAAAGUCGCCUCAAAGAUAAACAAAAGCACCGAGUGGAUUUUCUUCAGCUGAUGAUUAACUCCCAGAAUUCCAAAGAAGUAAACACCCAUAAAACUCUCUCUGAUCUGGAGCUUGUGGCCCAAUCUAUUAUCUUUAUUUUUGCUGGCUACGAGACCACUAGCACUUCUCUUUCCUUCCUUGUGUAUGAACUGGCCACUCACCCUGAUGUCCAGCAGAAACUGCAGGAGGAGAUUGAUGCGACUUUCCCCAAUAAGGCAUUGCCCACUUAUGAUGCCCUUCUACAGAUGGAGUAUCUGGACAUGGUGUUGAAUGAAAGUCUCAGAUUAUAUCCAAUCAGUGGUAGACUUGAGAGGGUCUGUAAGAAAGAUGUGGAACUCAGUGGUGUGUUCAUUCCCAAAGGGACAGUGGUGAUGGUGCCAGCCUUUACUCUUCACCGAGACCUGGAUCUCUGGCCAGAACCCGAGGAGUUCCGUCCUGAAAGGUUCAGUAAGAAGAACAAGGACAACAUAAAUCCUUAUACAUACCUGCCUUUUGGAACUGGACCCCGAAGCUGCCUUGGGAUGAGGUUUGCAAUCAUGAACAUGAAACUUGCCCUGGUCAGAGUCCUGCAGAACUUCUCCUUCAAACCUUGUGAAGAAACACAGAUCCCUCUGAAAUUAAAUUCACAACGGUUACUUCGACCAGAAAAACCCAUUGUUCUCAAGGUUGAGCCAAGAGAUGGGAGUGUGAGUGGAGCCUGACUUUCUCUAAAGACUUACCCUUUGUUCUUCAAGAAGCUGUAUCCCAGAUUACCAGAGACCUCAAUUUCCUUUGUGACUAAAACCCAGAAAUGAAGAUGGCCUACAUGUACUGCCCGUGACGGAUGACUAGGGAUUCCGUACAUUCUUUUAGCUUUUGUGGUGUCUGUGUGGAGCAUUAUAUAUUGUGGAGAGUAAAGGAGGUGAUACUAAUUGCCAGAGAUGUAGACUCAGCCUGUCUCAUUCACACAGACUACUCUCAGUUAGUACCAACUACUUCCCUGAGCACUGAUCAAGAAUAAAACUUUCUCAACAAUUUUAUCAACAAACGUUAAUGAAAACAAGAAUUAGUGUCAUGACUGUGGUAGUGGCAUUUAUAUCACAUGUCUUAUUUUGAAUAUUCUACAUUAAAUAUCACACUGAGCCAGUCAAUCAACACCUCUUUACAAAAGUAUUAACUGAUGGUUUCGAGCACAUUAAGGGGGAAUCCGUAGAACUGAUGAGUGAGAGCCAGUGACUGAAUGUUUUGACCAUCACAGUUGCUGGGUGGAUGGAGCUUGUUCAGAAUUCUGAUGUGAUACGUUAAGAUGGGUGAGAGUUAAUCCGCUGUGACUUUGCCCAUGGCUCAGAAAGUAUAUUCAUAGUUUAAUUCUACAGGUUUUGGAGCACAUGUUUUUAUAACUCGAUCGAGGCACUUAGUAUU